AUGACCACUGACGAAUUGCUCCGUGGUACUUCCGCCGCCGGAGAUUCGCAGAUUAUACACAUCACAAUGAUGAGAUCCUUACCGAAUAUGAUUACGAGAUCGUUGAAGCUGACGGUGAUGAUGUUGCCCUGCCGGAAGAUGGAGUUUCGGCCCCGAAGAAGUGACCAUUCAUGGGGUAAAGCCGAUGCAUCAGAAGAGUUUGUGCAGGACGUUAUUAAUCUUGAUACCCACGUGCUUGUCACUGUUUCUGGAGAGAUUGCAGACCCUAGAUCUUCUCUCAGAGAUCUCAAAACUCAGUAUGUUCCACCUAAGUCCGCGGAGGCAUCAUAUUACGUGGCGGACGUUAUGUCUGCUCGCGGUUACAAGCGCCGGGGUUUAGAAGUAAACAUGCGGAUUGCUGGGUGGGAUGAGCCUAAUGGUUUCAGUUUGUAUUACGUGGAUGGCUCGGGCAACCUUUUUGCAGGAAAAAUCUGUGCUGUUGGAGCUGGUUCACCAUGUACUGGGGGUCUUUCGGUCAGGAGUUACCAUUAUGAAUUGUCCUUUGAUCAGGCUAAAGAGUUAGCUAGAGAAAUGAUUCUCACUUCUACAUCUGAAGUCGCAGAGGACAUCGAAUGUGGCGAUACUGGUGAAACUGGCGGUUUUGUCAGUGUGUACCACGUAGGAGUUGAUGGGUGGAAAACCAUCGUACGUGAUGAAUAUGUGGAAGAAGAAGCUAAUAAGAAGAGGGAUGAGAAGUGGGAAGGUUAUCUUUCCACCUGA